UGGUUGCCAAGUUCGCACGUUUGAUGCGGUUGAUUUUCUUAGCAUUUUUCGAAAUAAAGUCGAAAAAAGUGUAUAAAACAGUGCUUGUAAUUAUUUACUAAUCGAAAAUUGUUAAUCGUAUAUCAAAAUGGUGAAAUUAUCGCCGGAUUUAAUCCAGCAAUCAAUGCAGUACAUAAAUCCUGUCAGAGAUCGUGAACUGGAUCUUAGAGGAUACAAAAUACCCACAAUAGAGAAUUUGGGCGCAACUCUGGAUCAGUUCGACACAAUAGACUUCUCAGACAACGACAUUCGGAAAUUCGACGGGUUUCCUCUACUAAAAAGAUUGAAAACUCUCUUCUUCAACAACAAUCGAAUAGUCAGAAUCGCAGAAGGUUUGGAGCACUGUAUUCCGAAUCUCGAAACACUCAUGUUGACUGGCAACAUGAUUCAGGAACUGAGUGACUUGGAACCACUUGUUCCCCUGAGAAAUCUCCAGAGCUUGUGUCUCUUACAGAAUCCCGUCUCCGCCAAACCACAAUACAGACAGUACGUCGUCUACAAAUUUCCUUCGCUGAGACUACUGGACUUUAGGAAAAUCAAGAAACAGGAGCGAGAGGCAGCGGUCGCUUUCUUCCGCAGCAAAAAGGGCAAGGAUAUUGCGAGGGAAGUUGCCAAAAAGGCGAAAUUACAUUCGCAAAAUAUGAAUGGCCUUGAUAAACCUGCGAUGACCGCGGACGAAAGAAAUAAAAUAAGGGAGGCGAUUUCCAAGGCUUCGUCACUCGAGGAAGUACAAAGACUGAGCAGAUUGCUGCAGGCGGGCCACAUUCCAGGAGAGAGGCAGAGAAACGGUGAUCCAAGUGGAGAAGCCAUGGAAGAAGAGGAUGACGAUUAAAUUAAAAGUCUGCCAAUUUAGCUUCUACGUUUUUUCUACAAUUAGGUGGCAGCAAAAUUCUCUUAAAAAAUAAGUAAAAUGUCAGUAUGAAAGCAUUUAUUGUGAUUAUAGUGCCACCUUUUUGUAGGUUUUACAUAGGGGUUUGCACGUACAAACUUUGGUAUAUUUUAAGAGUUUCAGUAGGCUCGAGCGAACUUUCAGUUUCGGGUCUUUCGCUCGUCCCGAGUUUUAUAGAUAAAAUGGUCGGAAAGCUGUAAGUAUUGAGUCUGUCGAUUUUAUAUGGUUUAAGUUAAAGAUGUCAAGCUAAUAAAUACUGUAUACUACACACAUGCAGUUGCGAGCAAACCGAUACUAUUUUUUCUUAUUUUCUGUGAAAAGCGACCAAAAGUGUAAAUAAACUCUUGCAGCAAGUCAAGGGCUUUGAAGCGAUUUUCAAAUUACAGUUUGCAAUCUAGGUUCUAAGGCAGAGUUAAGAAUGUUAAUUGAAUUAUGAUAAUGAUUGAAAAAUAUGAUGUCAGAGUUACAAAAUUCAUAUCUUUUAGGGAGAAAAACUUCAAGAUUUGGAGACAAAACUUGAUGGUUGAAUAUAACCAGGUACGUAUUUUGUAAGGAAUCAAUUGAAGAGAAAAUUGAAAAAUAAAUUUUUUUUAAUUACA